CCUAUUUAUCAAUGUUCAUCUAAUUGCAAAAACACCCGCCAAGGAUGUAUUCAAAUGCAAAUGGCUUCUCGUUUCUCAAAAAGAUUCUUCCAUGUCAAACUAAAGCAUCCAUUGUCAAAUGUACCCCUCAAAUCUCCACUGAUUCUAUGUUCAAUCUCAACAUUUACACAGGAAAAUCAACCGCACCCAUUUUACAAGAAGACAUUUUCCCAUAUGUUCCAAGAAUGCUCCAAUGGGAGAUCACUCGAGCCGGGCCGACAAGCCCAUGCUCGUUUGAUAAUAUCCGGAUUCAAACCCACUACUUUCGUAACCAACUGUUUGAUCCAGAUGUACAUCAAAUGCUCCCGUUUGGAGUGUGCUUGUAAAGUGUUCGACAGAAUGUCUGAACCGGACCGUGUUUCCUGGAACGCCAUGAUUUUUGGAUAUUCUAAAAGUGGGAAGAUGGGGUCGGCGCAAUCGUUUUUCAAUUCGAUGCCCGCGAGAGAUGUGAUUUCUUGGAAUUCUUUGAUUUCGGGGUACUUGCAGAAUGGGAAUUGUUUACAGUCGGUUGAGAUAUUCGUGCUGAUGGGCAGAGAUAGUGCGGUUGCGUAUGAUGAGACCACCUUUUCUGUUGUCUUGAAAGCAUGUUCGGGUCAAGAAGACUAUUCUGUGGGGCGUCAGAUACACGGGGUUGUGGUGAAGUUGGGGUUUGCGGGUGAUGUGGUGACAGGGAGUGCAAUAUUGGAUAUGUACGCAAAAUGCAAGAAUUUGGAUGAAUCGUUGCGAUUUUUCGAUGCAAUGCCUGUGAAAAAUUGGGUUUCAUGGAGCGCUAUUAUUGCGGGUUGUGUUCAAAACGGUGAGCUUGUUGAUGGAUUAGAGUUGUUCAAAGAAAUGCAAAGAGAGGGAAUUGGGGUCAGCCAAUCUAUAUACGCUAGUGUUUUUAGGUCUUGUGCUAGUUUAUCUGCUUCGAGGUUGGGUUCUCAAUUCCAUGGUCAUGCAAUAAAGAGCGAUUUUGGAGCCGAUACCAUUGUUAGUACAGCCAUGUUGGAUAUGUAUGCGAAAUGCGACAAUUUGCUUAAUGCUAGGAAGGUGUUCGAUUUCUUGGGAAACCAUAACUUGCAAUCUUAUAAUGCUUUGAUCACUGGAUAUGCUAGAGGUGAUCGUGGAUCUGAAGGCAUGCAGUUAUUUCUGCGUUUGUUGAAAUCCGAUCUCGGUUUCGACGAAAUAAGCCUGUCCGGUGCAUUUAGUGCAUGUGCAGUAAUGAAAGGACUUUUGGAAGGAACUCAAGUGCAUGGAUUAGCAAUCAAGACUCCCUUCCAUUACAAUAUUUGCGUGGCUAAUGCAAUUCUAGAUAUGUACGGUAAAUGCGGAGCAUUGCAAGAAGCUUGUCGAAUAUUCGACGAAAUGGAAAGAAGGGAUGCGGUUUCUUGGAAUUCGGUUAUCGCAGCUUGUGAGCAGAAUAAAAACGAGGAGACCCUAUUACUAUUCGUUCGUAUGCUUCGUUCGAGAAUGGAGCCCGAUGAAUUCACAUAUGGGAGUGUUUUGAAAGCUUGUGCGGGCGAACAAUCCCUCCACCAUGGAUUGGAAAUCCAUGGCAGAGUGAUUAAAUCCGGGAUGGGGUUGGAUUCGUUCGUCGGAAGUGUCCUUGUGGACAUGUACUGCAAGUGUGGGGCGGUGGAAGAGGCGGAGAAGCUUCAUUACAGGAUCGAGGAACAGUCAUUAGUUUCUUGGAAUGCAAUAAUUUCAGGGUUUUCUUCAACCGAACAGAGCGAGGGGGCUCAGAAAUUCUUCUCGAGAAUGUUGGAAAUGGGAAUAGAACCCGACAAUUUCACUUACGCCACAGUUCUUGAUACUUGCUCCAAUGUGGCCAACAUCGGAUUGGGCAAGCAAAUCCAUGCUCAAAUAAUCAAGCAAGAUUUGACGUCGGAUGUGUACAUUACAAGUACGCUAGUUGACAUGUAUUCGAAAUGCGGGAAUAUGGAAGAUUCCGUUUUGAUGUUCGAAAAAUCCCCCGAUCGCGAUUUUGUGACAUGGAACGCCAUGGCGUGUGCUUAUGCGCACCAUGGCUACGGAUACGAGGCUUUAAAUAUUUUUGAAAAAAUGCAAAUCGAGAGAGUACCGCCGAACCACGCGACUUUCGUGGCGAUCCUCCGUGCGUGCGCGCAUAUAGGUCUUGUAGAGGAAGCGCUCCACUACUUCAACUCGAUGAAAAUCGAGUAUGGAUUGAACCCACAAUUGGAGCAUUAUUCGUCCAUGGUUGAUAUACUAGGAAGAUCGGGUCGACUUGUUGAAGCAUUGAAGCUGAUUCAAGAAAUGCCCUUUGAAGCAGAUGAUGUGAUUUGGAGGACACUUCUAAGUAUUUGCAGAAUGCAUGGGAACGUUGAGGUGGCGGAAGAAGCGGCGAAUUAUCUGCUGCGGUUGGACCCGCAAGACUCUUCUGCGUACGUUCUUUUGUCGAAUAUUUACGCGGAUGCAGAAAUGUGGGACCAGGUUUCGAAGAUGAGGAAGAUUAUGAGGCGGGGUCGCAUGAAAAAGGAGCCCGGCUGCAGCUGGAUCGAGAUCCAAUCGGAGGUGCAUAUGUUUCUUGUUGGAGACAAAGCUCAUAUGAGAUGUGAGGAUAUAUAUAUGAACCUGGAUUUGCUUUUUGAUGAGAUGAAAUGGGAUGGUUGUGUACCAGAUGAAGAGCAGUUGUAUUGAGUUGUACCUGAUGCAUUGUUUUAAUUGCAAUAACCACCAUUGUGUUUGUUUUAAUUGCAAUAUAAGAAAGAUUUUGUUAGAAACCUAGGGGCAGUUUCGGUAUAAAGAAAAGUUGGAAUCUUUAUAUGUAUAAGAAAGAUCUUUGUUACUUCCUUA